AUUACGUUCUGUCUGUCACUCCCUUCCCGCGGCGCCAAUCUCUCCCGCCUCGAACGUCCGGCCUCCGUCGCUGCGGUCGUCCGAGCCUUAAUUUCGGGGCGGCGAUUUGCCCCGUGCAUUCGAGAUUCGCCAUUCGAUGGCCGUCUCGAUCGUCAUCAUCGUUUGCAGCUUCUUCGGAUGCGGCCCGAGUCAGUACUUUGCGUCUGACGAGGCUGGAAAGAGAUUCAUGAGCGGCGUCAAGAAGCAUGAUUUCUUGUGGCAGCUCCUCUUUUUCUGUCAGAGCGAUUUUGUAGGACAGCCUUGAUUGCGAUGUCCUUAUGUACAUACAGGCGCACGAGCAUACAUUUGUUGGACUCGCUGUUUGCGCCGGUUUUGGCGAUGUCGAAAGUCUGCUCUCUUGCUUAUGGUGCAGGACUGUGCCUGGAGACAGUAACCGGAUGCCCGUCAUUGCCGAGCCAGAACCUGUCACCCAAACAGGCCUUCCUUUCACAAGAGAUAUGUAUUGCUCCGGAUGAAAUGAGGGUUUUCAGGGAAUGUCUUCAUGACCAUGACAUCAUGAUGGCAUCGCGAUUCUUUUCUCCGCCGUAUCGCAGUCACAUGCCCGGAAGUCUCUCUGAACCUGGUCUUCAGCGGAACUACGAUUGAGCUAAUUGAACUUCUGGAAGUAGAUGAGGAACCUUGACUUGGUGCAAAUCUGGCGCCUUUUCAAGAUUCGAGACUUGUGUAGCGGCCCCUCUAGAUAUCCAUGGAAGCCAUUCCGCAUCUGCACUGCUGCCUGACGCGCUCACUGCCCAUAAAAUCGCCAAGAGACUUCUCUCAGAACCAAGAGGCACCGCCACUCCCGUUCGCUUCCGAAUUAUGGGGAGUGUCUACGAGAGAGAGGCAUGUGAUCGCAGGCACACGAGCGAGCGUGCUGUGGAGAGCAGAUUCACCGAAACAAAAUAUCGCCACCAGUCUCUCAUUCUUUUCCAGAGAUGUUCUAGACUCUGAACCUCGACAGCAUUGGCCUUGCCUGUGAGCCGACAACGGAGGGGUCCUUCUUGUCUUGCGUGACUUGAAGAGCAAAGUUGGUUCAGUUUAUGAGCUUCCACGAGGAAUUUGCACCGUUCUUGGACACAGAGGAGCUUUGGAUCAUCUGCGUGCUCCUGUUUUUUUCGUUGUGUUUGAUACUCGAAGAAAUCAUUUAUCAACAUCGUCAUCCCCUCUGCUUGAUCUGCCUUCUGGAGGGCCUCCUUUAUCAGAAACUUUACGAUCCCCUGUGCGUUGUUUUGGAAGAAUACAUUUACCUUCCCCUUUGUCUGAUCAUGGAAGAACUAUUCGAGGCUUGCUAUGAUCCCUUGGGGGUCAUGUUUCAGUAGGAGGAGUGAAAGUAGUAGUGCGCUCUGUCCUCCAAAUGACUUUUCGGCACGAAUGGUUUCGGAAUUUAGUGAAAACGCCGCGAGCGAACUUUUGUCCCGUUUGAGGUCGACCUGAUUUCAACGGUGGGGAAAGUUCGAGUUCUUAUGAAAUUACACGAAAGUCUGGGAGGCGUGCCAUAUCAAGUCAGAUCCGAGCUUCUGCGUGAAUCGAAGUAAACGAUUCCUCGCUCAUCGUUCGCGAGCUGGCUGGCUGAUUCUCCAUUUUCUACUGCAGAAAGAGAGCGCUUGCGUGACGGCAGUCCUGUCAUGCAAUGUAGCGAGGCUCUUUGUCAAGGGAGUACAAUAUCCUGCCUCAUCAUAUCAUCAGGUGGCAUCGUCAAUGCCUUGUUGAAGAAUUAGAUACCUCUUUCUCCAUGAGAAUGGAUAAGAUGGCUGCAAUGCCUGUGAAGUACCGUAAUACGAGAGUGCAGUCCUCGAUGGCGCAAAUGUUCUCAUCUAUAUACAAGAUUUUGCGGCUAGCUUUCGUCUGCUCGUUCCUGCUGUUGUUCGUGCUUGUAAUUUUGAUCUACAGCUUUAACCAUGCUCUGAUUCCAAAUCACGGAGCGGGACGAAAUGGCACCAUGCAUUCGCCAUUACAAACCCUUCUUACCAAAGAGCAAACGAUGCAAGAAGAAUUGAGGGAAAGCGACUCUGAGAUGCUAAAGAGGAUCAACGAUCGAUCAACUUUGGAGGUUAAGAUUCUGGUAAUAGCGGAGACGGUUGCCCCGUAUGAAGACCGGGAGAAGCUGGAAACGUACAUUUCAAAGCAAUUGGAAUCUUCCGAUGUUGUCAGCAAGGUUCAGGCUUCCGCCCUGCUGUCGAUGGUGAAUUUAGCUCCUAUGGAGGCUAGCCUGUCGAGAGAAGAGACUGGUCUGAUGGGAAGCUUACGAAACUCUGCCCUGCUGGCCCUCAUCAAGAGAGAUCGCAACAACGUCCACUUCAUGAUGGUCGGAGUUAGAGCAGAACCUCGACUGGGCUGGAGAAGGAUCUCAGCAAAGGAAAGAAACUCGUGGAAUAGCGUGUUGUCGAGAGCCAUAAUGAACAAAGUCCGAAUGGAGGCCCAGAAUUACUUGUGGCAGCGGACGAUGGAUGACGUCCAAGAUGUCGUCAAGCUAGACGUUAGAGACGAACUGGCAUGGCAGUCGCUCUUACCGGACAGUGUUGAGCCUGCUGACAAAUGACUGACAGUAGACAUCCCUUUCGCAGCAGCUGUAUAAAUCAGCAUCGAAAGGCUUCCAGAAUCUUUUGAUCUUUGCAAAUUGGGCUCGAAGUCCUGUGCAGUUCUUCUAGCUACCGAAUUUAUUGGUUCGUCGGCCGAUCUAUUCAUAUGUAUAGUACAAAUUUGGCAUCAUCAGAUCUCUUUGGUGUACUGUAUGAUGCUUGUGCAUCUCUCAAAGGGUAGAGCUUUCUGACACUUGUAAAAUUGUACAUUCAUUCCUUUGUUCCUCAUGUCUGCUAUCGCUUGGAAUGUUAAGUGUUUCGC